AAAGCAGUUUAGACUGGGUGAAGGCUGACUGACAGUUGCUGUGCUUAUAGGGAAAGGUGCGGUGUGUGUCGGAGUCAACGAGGAAAACCUUCGGUACGUGUACAAGGCGAUCAGAGAUCAUGGCUUACUACAAUCACCAGACUCGUCCUCAUGGCGUUCCUGAUCAGAGCUUCCUCGCCACUAUCUUCCAGAGAGUGGACACAGACCGAAGUGGUACUAUAUCUGAUAAUGAACUUCAACAAGCAUUGUCCAAUGGUACAUGGACACCUUUCAACCCUACUACAGUUAGAUCCAUCAUCUCUAUGUUUGAUCGCGAUUGCAAAGGUGGUGUAAAUUUUACUGAAUUUACUGGGGUGUGGAAGUUUAUCACUGAUUGGCAGAAUAUAUUUCGGACCUACGACAGAGACAAUUCUGGUUUUAUUGACAAGGGCGAAUUGAAACAAGCCUUAUCAAAUUUUGGGUAUCGUUUAACGGACCAAUUUUAUGAUAUUCUCAUUCGCAAAUUUGACAGGCAGAAAAGAGGUCAAGUUGCCUUUGAUGAUUUCAUUCAGUGCUGCACUGUCCUGCAGAGACUGACUGAUGUAUUUCGACGCUACGAUACAGAUCAAGAUGGCUGGAUACAAGUUUCAUAUGAGCAGUAUCUUUCCAUGGUCUUUAAUGUAGUAUGAUGCCAAAAAGAAACAUUGCCUGGACCAGCACAGACUGAAAUAAAUCUUUACCUUAUUUUACUGGA